GUCCUGACAUUUGGGGGAUAUCUGUACUGUUCUGACAUUUGGGGGGAUAUCUGUCCUGUCCUGACAUUUGGGGAAUAUCUGUACUGUUCUGACAUUUGGGGGAUAUCUGUACCGUCCUGUCAUUUGGGGGAUAUCUGUACUGUCCUGACAUUUGGGGGAUAUCUGUACUGUCCUGACAUUUGGGGGAUAUCUGUACUGUCCUGACAUUUGGGGGAUAUCUGUACUGUCCUGACAUUUGGGGGAUAUCUGUACUGUCCUGACAUUUGGGGGAUAUCUGUACUGUUCUGACAUUUGGGGGAUAUCUGUACUGUCCUGACAUUUGGGGGA